UUUCUCGUGUUGAUUGUGGGCACUGUUUAUAUAAAUGUUUAUGUUGCCAAAGAGCAGAAAAUGAAUGUGUUUUUGAGUGAUAUUCUGCCUCUUUUUGCGAGGAUCAACAAGGAUCCAACAGUGAUACAUAUUCAGAAGUUGAACGACCUUUUGGAGCGGUCAAACGAUGGAUUUGCCGGAAAGUUUUACGACAAAAUGCUGCUCACGCUCUUGCCUCAGGUGGAUUCUGAGGAGAUCCGGAAGAAGCCCGAAGUUCAAAGGCAUCUGGUUGCAACUAUGGAGAUUCUUCUGAGAAAGAUUAACGUGGACAACAUCAAAUGUUUCAGCACCGUUCAGAUUGUUUUGCUGAGGCAGAUCUAUGAUUUCAAGAGCGGAAGCUUGGCCCAGACGUCAGAGGAACUGAAGACAGGCGUUUUGAGUUGUUUAAGGACUCUCUUAAGCAGAACUUUUAAGGAUGUUAUCGCGGAGUUUUUUGAGCUCAAGAAUCGCAAGAUUAUUGCCAACCUUCUCUUUGCCUGUGUUCAAAUCAUCGAGCAAGAAGUCUUUGCAGGAUUGAAAAUCGAAGCAAUCAACUGUAUUCUGAGCUUCUUGCAAAUCCACGAUGAGGCAGACUUCGAUGACAUCGUCUUGAGGAGCCAAAUAGCUGAUGUGAUCUACACUUUACUGCCCAGGAUGCUGAAGUGUUUCAUGGAAACCGCCAUUGGGGAUUCAAUCAAAGGACAUCAACUGGUUGGUGUCAGCAUUAAGGCGAUAGGCAGGAUAAUCUGCUUGAUAUUGGAGAGAACAGAAAUGGAUUUUGUCGAGGAGCCAAUUAAUCUGGAGGACUUCAAGAGAAUGAUCCUUGCGAAAGAUGAUGCGCGACCUGAAAAUAAGGAUAUUCUGAAGCAACCAUUGGCAGGAGAUUCAGAGGGAAAAAUUCUGCGCAAAGACCCAGAGUGGAUCAGAGCUGUCUCUAAGAAGUUGAAGCCUUAUCUGGCAAAAUUGUUGGUAUUCACUCAACAUGAUCACGUCAGCGUUCGUAGAGAGCUUUUGGCGGUGUGUGAAAAUUUCUUGAAGAAGUGCGCUGAAAAUAUGCUGGAUUGCCUUCAAAGUCUCCUCGAAGUGAUCUUUGUCAUGUCAUUCGACGAUGAUGAAGACAUAGCAAAGCAGAGUUGCAACACUCUUGCAAGCCUUAAGACUCAUCCAAAGAACAAUCUCCUCACUAAGAACGCUGAAGCCACAAUCAAUUCUGUUCUUAUGACUCUGCCUCAGAGUAUUUUGAGAGAAGAUGACUACAAGCAGGUCCUGGGAUUUUCAUUGUUGCAAAGCGCACUAGAGUUCAUCUCGUCGAACGAUCUUCUCGCGCUGAUAACAGAUGAUCUUUUCCUUGAGAAGCUGACAACAGUGAUAAUUCUCGGAGCAGAAUUGAAUACUAAGCAAGAAGAUUUGUUGGCAGAAUCCGGAGAUAAAUUCUCAUGGCGUCUUAAGAAGUAUCUAACAAAUCAUAAAUGCCAGCGAGCCUUUGAUAAACUGUGCUCAGCAUUGAACAAACCUGAGGUGAUUGGAAUAAUUUCGGGCAAUUUCUUAAGAAUCCUCGAAAUGCGAAGCUCAACCAGUAAUCAAGUUCUAGUGAUCAUGAACAAUUUGUUAUCCUGUGAAGAGAAUCAACAAAGCAGUUGGAUGAUGGAAUUUCUACUUGAAUUACUGAAGGACAUUCACUGGAAUCUUUGUCUACAACUCUCAAGUGAAAUGCCAAGUGAGGAAAUUCUCACGAGAGAGGAUAUCAAAUUUAAUGUCGUCCAUUCGUGCCUUGUCUUGGAAAGUGUUGGUCUCUGUGCGAAGCGAAUGGGAUCAGUUUUCCAUCCUUAUCUCUUCAAGACAUUCCAUCGAAUCCUCGCCAAGGCGGGAAGCAGCAAUUAUUGCGUGCGAACAGCUGCUACCAUGGCUCUGGAGGACAUGAAGGAGUCUUUCAACGCAGCAACAAUUGAGGAAUUCGUGCACAGCAAUACAGAUUACAUCAUAUUCUACGUGAAUAAGUUCUUGAAGAAGAGUUACACGUACGACGAUGGAUUGGGAAUGCUGCAGAUAAUAUUGGAAUACACUGCAGAAGAUGCAAUAACUCACUUCUAUUUGGAGACAAUUUUGCAAAGUUUGCUUCAGGAUGGCGAAAAGAUCAAGGAUCAACAGAAACUGAAGGCACACUUCAAGAUAUAUCACCUUUUUCUGCUAAAGAUGCUCAAGUGGUCGGAAGAGAACAACAAGGAAAUCGUCAACGAGGAGAGUUCUGAUGAGAUUCUGCAGCAGUGGUUGGAUAUCCUUAAUCAGGAGGAGGAAAUUGAAACUGAGGAACAUAAUGAGACAGCGCCGAAGGAGGAAAUCGAAGAAACCGAGAAGAUAGUUCCAAAUUACGUGAAACUAACCGAUGAGAUGAUGAGGCUAGUCAUCAAGUACAUCUCUUCAAAAGAUCAGGACUUGUCUUUGCUUUCCUUGGAGCUGAUGACAGUCGGCAUUUCUGUCCUGAGCGGAUGCGAAGAGAAACUCCUGCCAAUUGUACAUCUAGUGUGGUUUCCACUGUCUGAGAAAUUCAAGUGCAACAAUCCUGUGAUCCUGCGACAGUGCUUCCGAUUACUUCUGCUCCUUGCCAGAACAUCCAAGGACUUUAUACUCAAGCGAACACUGAGCGAUGUUAUCCCAACAAUCAACCAGUGCCUAAUUGAUGGUUCAGUGAAGUCUGCGAAAAAUUCCCACUACGGAAUGUUCAUAUAUACUCAAGAUUUCAAAGUCAUCUCCACGAUACUGUCUCAAUAUGGGAAACUGAUCUCCGACAUUCAGAUGCAGGAGAAGAGUCUAGACACAGCCAUAGACUGUGCUUUGCUGUACAUGGAGAAGAAUCAACAUACGGAACUACAGAAGAUGUCACUGGCAUUCUGCAACUCCCUUCUCAACUACGAUGCACCAACCAUUUACUUGAGGCUUCGCAAGUAUCCUAAUUUCUUGGACAAAUUGAAAAUCAAGCGAGAGUAA